AUGAUGAGGCAAUCAGUAGUUUCUUCAGAAAUGUUGAUUCCCGCUUUAAGGAAACCAAAGAUUUGGCUUGUGGAAUGUGGAGUCAUUGAUAAUAAGAUCUUAGGGGGAGAGUUUAAGGAUAUAUUCGAAGCAAGACAGUGCAUUAAGGAUCAAUCAGGAGCUGGCAAUAAUUGGGCUAGAGGUCACUUGGGCUAUGGACCAUAGUACAAGGAUGAAAUAGAAGAUAAAGUUCGUCAGGCAGUUGAAAAAUGCGAUAGUCUCUAGGGAUUUUUCUUUUUACAUUCAAUUGGCGGAGGUACAGGUAGUGGACUUGGUAGCUACAUAAUUAAAGAUUUAGCAGAUAUCUAUCCAACAGUUUUUAGAUUCAGCACUUGCGUAUUUCCCUCAAAUGAUGAUGAUGUCGUAACAUCCCCUUAUAACUCAAUGCUUUCUCUUAAUGUUCUGAUAGAAAAUUCCGACUGCGUUCUGCCGGUCGACAAUCAAGCAUUAUUUGAUAUUGUAAGUAGAGUGGACUAGCAAUAUGCCUAAAAAGAAGAGAAAAAGAAAGACAUAUUUAGAGACACAAAAGCAGAUCAUAUUAAGGAUGGUUCAUCAAUUCUAGACAUUUCAGGAAAGGGUAAAAAGGUUAGGCAUUAUGAAAGAGAGAAUUCAAUAGUCGCUCAUGUUGUCAAUAACCUAACUUGUUCAAUGAGAUUUGAAGGAGAUCUUAAUGUUGAUUUAAAUGAGAUCACAAUGAAUCUUGUACCAUACCCCAGAAUGCAUUUCUUACUUUCAAGUUUAAGUCCUUUAUACAAUGUCCUCAAUCCUAAAUUUUAACCAAGGAAUAUAGAUGAAACCUUCAAAGAAGCUCUUGACAAAGGAAAUCAGUUAAUUCAAUAAGCUAAUCCUUAAGAAUCUUUAUAUCUCGCUUGCGGAUUAAUAGUAAGAGGUAACAAAGUAGAAAUUUCAGACAUAAAUAGAAAUGUUGAAAAACUCUAGAAAAAACUAAAAUUUGUCCAUUGGAAUAAGGAAGGCUUUAAGGUAGGACUGUGUAACUAGCCACCAAUAAACAUGAACUAUAGUUUAUUAGCUUUAUCUAAUAACACCUGUAUAAGAUAAAUUUUCCAAAGACUUCGUUAGAAAUUCCUAAAAAUCUACAAAUAAAAAGUGUUUGUGCAUCAUUAUACUGAGUUUAUGGAGUAGAGUCAUUUUGACUACUGUCUGAAUAACUGUGAAAGUGUCAUCAAUAGCUAUGAGGAGAUGGAAAUAAAGAAUAAUAAUCUUCCUCUGGGAGGCUUAGGCUAUGGGGAAGAGGAAGCUGAUUAAUACAGAUUUAGACCAAUAAUCUGA